ACUCAAUAAUGAUUUAGAAGUUUUUUAAAAAGGUCAAACUAUGGAUAAGUGAAAGAGUGAACUUUGAAAAUAUUCCAGAAAUACCUUUUGAGUAAUCUCACAAUUACAAUCUGACUAUAAACUUCAUUUCAUUGAAGAACCCUUUUGAGUAAUCUCAUCCUUUUUCUCUCAAUCUCUCGCAAUCCCUUACCCCUAAAAUCCAAACCCUAAUUCGAAUUUCGAUCCGAAUUCGAUUUUUCUCAUCCAAUCUUAUUAUGUCGCGAGAGGUUUUAGCGAGGGAAGCUAUAAACCACGCUUUUAAGGCGCUAAAGAAACGGCAUUUAAUUGAAGAAGGAGCUCAUGCUCCUGCUUAUAUUGCUCUUUCCAGGCCUAUCAUCUCCCAGGGUUCGGAAUGGAAAGAGAAAGCAGAAAACUUGGAAAUGGAACUUCAACAAUGUUACAAAGCACAGUCUAGAUUGUCCGAGCAACUAGUGGUUGAAGUAGCUGAAUCUCGAGCUUUAAAAGCUUCUCUACAAGAGAAAGAAAUGGCUAUUGCCGAAUUGGAGAAGGAAUUGAACCAAACCAGGGAUGAGUGCUCUCAGCUAAAGACAGAUUUAGAAGAAAAAAUUCGAGCUUUGGAAUUGUUGAUGGUCGAGCAUCAAGAACUGAAAGCUCAAUUAGAACAAAUGGCUAUUAAAGCUAAAAACGCAGAGGCUGAAAAUAAGAUGUUAGUUGAUCGUUGGAUGCUUCAAAAAAUGCAGGAUGCUGAACGGCUUAACGAGGCAAAUGCGCUUUACGAAGAUAUAAUUGAGCGGCUAAAGGCCAGUGGUUUAGAAAAACUUGCCCGAGAACAAGUGGAUGGUAUUGUCCGUAGAAGCGAAGACGGUGCUGAGUUCUUUGCGGAAUCAACCGUUCCUUCUGUUUGCUCACACAGGAUCAAUGCACAUGAAGGUGGUUGUGCUUCCAUACUGUUUGAGUACAAUUCCGGCAAAUUGAUCAGUGGGGGACAGGAUCGAUCGGUCAAAAUGUGGGACACCGGUACCGGAUCUUUAACCCAUAACUUUUCCGGUUGCCUUGGUUCUGUCCUUGAUCUUGCAAUUACUCAUGACAAUAGAUUCGUAAUAGCAGCAAGUAGUUCAAACAACUUGUUUGUAUGGGAUGUCAGCUCGGGACGGAUCCGACAUACUCUCACAGGUCACACAGAUAAAGUCUGUGCCGUAGAUGUAAGCAAAGUUUCGAGUCGUCAUGUCGUGAGUGCUGCUUAUGAUCGAACGAUAAAAGUGUGGGAUCUGCAGAAAGGUUACUGCACCAACACGAUAAUUUUCCACAGCAACUGCAAUGCACUUUGCUUCAGCACAGAUGGACUGACUAUAUGCUCAGGUCAUGUCGACGGGAAUCUCCGUUUAUGGGACAUUCGGACCGGAAAAUUACUUAGCGAAGUCGCGGCACAUUCACUUCCCAUCACAUCUAUCUCUCUGUCCCGAAACGGAAAUGUCGUAUUAACGAGUGGUAGGGAUAAUGUGCAUAAUUUAUUCGAUGUACGAUCUUUGGAAGCUUGUGGUACAUUCAGAGCAACCGGAAAUAGGGUAGCAUCAAAUUGGAGUCGCUCGUGUAUUAGUCCGGAUGACAAUUAUAUUGCUGCUGGGUCUGCUGAUGGAUCCAUAUGCAUUUGGUCGAUAUCGAAAGCCGACAUAGUAAGCACUUUGAAGGAACAUACUGCACCUGUUCUGUCUUGUACAUGGAGUGGACUUGGAAAACCAUUAGCCUCUGCAGAUAAGAAUGGGAUUGUCUGUACUUGGACAUGAUCCACUACUUAUCCAUACAAGGAAUGGAUAUUAAACUAUGUUACUAUAAAUUAUAAGUCGGGUUUGUCAAA